CUUCUCCUCACGCUCUGUGUAGAAGACGCACCGUGUGCGGGCCUAGUGUGGGAGGGAGCGGGCUGCUAGGGUGGGACAUGCAGAAGCGAGAGGGAGUGAGUCUGUCUGCAUCUGACAGUAGGACGGACGGUGGACUCGAGGUGCUACAGGGCACGGGAAGUGCUUGGUGGAGACGGUUGACAGGCUCUAGGUUGGCCCCGGCAUCCAAUCGUAGGGCUUAUCGCGGAUGGGGCGGGUUUUAGACAGGGGGAAGCCUGUCCUUGCAUAUGGGGCUUCGUGAUGUUUUCCUGUUCUCGACGGCAAAUGCCCUUAAUUAACCUCACCGCACCGUCGUCAUGCUGGUGCCCAUAAUAGCCACGAUAGCGUGGUCGUCUGCACGGCUGGACUGUUUCCCCGAGCCACGACGUCCAGCCGCUGAGCACGGCGAUUGGUUACCGGCUUUGAUAGUCAAUACAAUUAGCUUUGGCGAGGUAAUCCCCAAGGAGCAGGUCCGUGUGUGCAUUACACACUUGCCAACCAGCCUAGACUACACGUACGCGGAGCACUUUCACCUGACCGCGUGUGGUGUCGACCUCCACAGCACCUCAUCCACUCCUUUCAGGGUCUUGCUCUCCGCUGCUACCCGCACUAGUCUGCUGAUGACUGGACGGGCCGUCAACUGGUGUCGACUUUUUUUUUCGACGGCGUGCACAUUGCGGGAAGCUUGUCAAGGACAACCCGGAUACUGGAUUCGCUACCCAUAUGAUGAGCAUCUGGAGAGACGAUGCCACUCCUGGAUGGCGAAUUUGAGAUGCUCGCCUGUUGAACCGCUUCUCGUGGCCCCUCGCUUAACCCAUCUCUGCUUUGGUCCCAUCUACCCUUCUCCAUUGGUGUCGACGUACUUCCGUAGGAUGCAGCUUCGACUGCUUCUGAUGGUUGUUGAGGCCCGACCGAUCAGUCAUCGAGCAUGCCGCCAUCCCGCCCUCUGCUUGGCGCAACGGCCGUAA